AUGAACUCAGUACCAUUGCCGUGGUUUCUCCAAGACAGAUCGGUCACCACCUCGCAAUAUCGACCUGAAAACCUGGUAUACCGGGUGUGCCAAACCACAGGAGAUCUCGCGGUGGCUAUCAUCCAAGAUGUAGAAGACAAUCGAGAGUUCUCAAGAGUCCCGUCCCCGAUCGCAUGUUCGCUGUCACAGUAUCUGACCGUAUGUGUGGGCGAUCUGAUCCGGCCCGACCAAUUUUUCCAUGUUGGUGGAUUGGAAGCCUGUACGGCCGAUCAAGAUGUUGCAACAGACAGAGGGAUUCUUUUGUUCUCAGAAUUGUGCAUUACCUUCGAGGUCAUUCCCGAAGAAGUCACCGAUUCCAGCCAAGUGGGCCUACUGGUCACACCGCCGUCGCCAGUCAAGGGGACAUUCUCCGUCAUGAUCGGAACAGAUCCGAACCCAGUCGACUUACUAAAUGUCUUCUGGCCCAUUUGUCCAUCUCGAGCACUGCCAAGAUCUCCCUGGCUGACUAUCGACACAACGACGUGCCCCACCGAUGCCAUUCUGAUCGAACAUCAAGGCAUAAAAACUGGCUACAUCCCACUGACGGUCAACCAAAGCUGCCCGUAUUCGGAUGGAGGAUUGGCGGAUCCCCCAGAGGAUAGGGUGCUCUCAUUCAUCUCGAGAGUAAGGCUUCUGUCUGAAGAUGAAAUCGACCAAGCCUUCCCGGAUAAGCCGCUUCACAUUCUUGAUCUGGCAGAAAUCGACCACCCAGAAUAUUUUUGGAAGGCAAGACUGGCGCCGCUCCGGCUCCGCCAGUAUUUCCUUCAAAAGAAUCCAGAAACCAGCACAAUAACUGGAUUCUUGGGCGUCUCAGACGACCCAACCGUUCUAACUCUCCAGCCAAAUCCCACGGAGAAAUUCAAUCAACAUGGCUGGCUGGUUCCGGGAAAAUUGGUGAAGCUAUCCACCGAAGAGAGAACAAUCGGGACAUUCUGUGUCCAAGCUUGUACACCAGGCAAGCUGGGCCUAACUAUCUACAGGAUCAGAAUGCCAAAAGAUCGACCGGAGGUUCAUGAUGUCAACGAAUUUGGCGUGGAAUCGUGGAUUCAGCUGGAUUCCAGCCAAGUAGAGAUCUCCAAGCAAAUGAUUGGUCUUCAAGCUGUCUCAGUACAGCCUGCAAGUGAAGACAACCUCAAGACAGCAUCCCUCACCGAUUAUUCCAAGGUUGCAAUGGUCCUGGAACAUCCGAAAUGCCGAAUACAUCGUUAUGGAGACCCCUGUCAGCCUCAUCCACUCCCACUGCUGGCUGUCGCCAACUUAUGGGACGACCCGCAGCCCAAGGAGCAAGUCGACCCCAGUCGACUCCAUUUUGAUGAAAGUUUAAAUGCAGAACAACAACGAGCUGUUCAAGAGUUCUGCAACAUUCCCAGCUGCGUUGUACUACAGGCACCGGCCGGCACAGGGAAGACCCGAACCUUGGCCAACGCGGCGGCGGCUCUUCAUCGGCUGGAGGAGAAAAAGAUGGUCAUCAUUGCGACACUCAGCAACGAAGCAGUGCGCAAUGCCGAGGAAGCGGUAUUGGCAACAGGAGUUCCAUCCACGGAUGUCUUGACUCUCCAAUCUUCAUCAGCAAAGCUCAGAAAGAACCAGAGACAGAGAAAUAGUUCCAGUACCUCAACACUGAAUCACAUGGUGAGACUUGAAGCUUCUGGAUGCCAGCUCUCAAUUGGAUUCCGCGAUCUCCUCAAAAGCCACAAGAGAUAUACGCCUUCCCCCACCGAUGAAACUUUAAUGGGAAGGAUGGUCCUGGAGAAGCAGAAGAAUUUGAUCGUAAUUGGUACCGUGUCCAUGAUUCAACGAUUAACGGCAAGUAUCCACAAUGAGAUCGCUGGAAUCUUACUCGACGAAGCGGGGAUGGUGACCUCUACAGAGAUCUUUGGACUGUUGUGUGGACUCGAAAAGCCGGUCCAUCGUCUUCUCGCCGCUGGAGAUUUGAUGCAGUUGAAUUGUCCGCUGCCAGCGCCGAUUCAAUGCCUGGAGAAGUAUGGCCUGAAAAGUCUGUUAUCAACACUUCUGGGUCACAGUCAUCAAAGCAUCAAGAAGAUCUGUUUAAAGAUCACAUACAGAUUCGCUCCAAGAUUGGCCAGUCUAAUCUCUACAUUAUGUUAUGCGGAUGAACUGCAAUGGCCGCUGGGCCGAAUUGAGGAUCCAGGAUUUGCUGCCACCAUGCCAAAUAUGUCAGCUUAUGCGCCGGUCGGCUUCCUCCAUGUGAAUGGAGUCGAGAGGAAAGUGGGCACGUCGUGGAGCAACACUAAUCAAAUAUUGGUGGCGGUAGAAUUGGUCGAGCUGAUGUUCAUGGAGAUGGAAAAUCUCAGAAGAGGCAACAAAUCAGUGAUGGUGCUGGUGCCUUACCAGGCGGCAUUGAGAGAAACGCAGCCGCUGCUUCGAGAACUACAGGAGAAGUACCAUCGUGCCAACAUCAUUAGUGGCACGGUGGACCAGUUACAAGGAAGAGAGGCCGACUACGCCAUCUAUGUGACGAUCAAAAGCCUGCCAUCAAAUGCAGGCCCAUCGUUUGCCACGCUCGGCCAGCGAGUGACCGUCGCUCUGACCAGGGGUCGCGACGGCCUCUACGUUAUUGGCAGCAGGCCUUAUAUUAAGGCCUGCUCCUAUGAGCUGGCCCAGCUUCUGGACUUAAAUGAACUCUAA